AGAGUCACGUGCCGCUUCCAGGCCCUUUGUCGGUUGGGCCCCGCUCCUCUGGCGGCCCGCGCGAAAAGUGGCCGUCACGUGACCGCACUGGAGACGGGCUCGCUGUGCGUGCUCCUUUGACAGGCAACAUGGCGGCUACGGCGGCAGCCAAGGUAGCUCUUAGGCUCUUUCACCAUCCAGGGGGUUUAGCCGCCGUCGCUUGGUCACCCGCCUCCUCCUUCUCCCUGGGCCGCGUGAGCCCUAGCAGCUGUUGUGGCCUGACCGCGGCCGUGAGAAAAUACAGUUCCGAAGCCAAAGGACUGGAGGAGGAACUGCGGGUUCGGUAUUUGGACGACGAGCAUAAAGGAAUUGUUGUACUUGGAAUAAACAGAGCACAUGCAAAAAAUGCACUUAAUAAAAAUCUUAUUAAAACGAUAUCAAAAGUUAUGGACGCUUUGAAAACAGACAAAAAAGUACGGACAGUUAUAUUCCGAAGUGAAGUUCCUGGGGUAUUUUGUGCUGGUGCUGACCUUAAAGAAAGAGCUAAAAUGCAUGCUAGUGAAGUAAGCUCUUUUGUCUCAAAAGCAAGAUCUACUAUUAAUGAAAUGGCUAAUCUUCCAGUACCAACUAUAGCUGCAAUAGAUGGCAUUGCAUUAGGUGGUGGCCUGGAAUUGGCUCUAGCCUGUGAUAUAAGAGUGGCAGCUUCUUCUGCAAAAAUGGGUCUAGUUGAAACAAAAUUAGCGAUCAUUCCUGGUGCAGGCGGGACACAGCGACUACCUCGUACCAUUGGUGUGUCUCUGGCAAAAGAAUUAAUAUUUUCUGCUCGUGUACUUGACGGUGAAGAAGCUAAAUCAAUAGGCUUGAUCAGUCAUGUGGUUGAACAGAAUGAAGCAGGGGAUGCUGCCUACAGAAGAGCAUUAGACCUGGCAAGAGAAUUUUUACCUCAGGGACCCAUAGCAAUGAGAGUUGCAAAAUUGGCCAUAAAUCAAGGAAUGGAAGUAGAUCUGCUAACAGGUUUGGCAAUUGAAGAAGCCUGUUAUGCUCAGACUAUCCCAACAAAAGACAGAAUUGAAGGUCUUCUUGCUUUUAAAGAGAAAAGACCUCCUCGCUACAAAGGAGAGUAAGAAAAACUUCUUUUAAAAUGCAAAUGAAAUAAAAGACUUUUAGCUUACUCUUUGCCUCAGAAUGUGGAUUACUGCAACUAUGGAAGUAAAUGUAAAUACCACAGAUUGAUAUUUAUAAUGUAUAUGUCCUGAAGGCUUUUCUGUGAAAUUGCAAGGUCAUUGAAUUCUACAGCACUUUAUUCCACAUCUUUGAAUUGUAUAUCUUAUCAAUUAAAUAUAUACAUUCCUAAAGAGAUUUAACUAUAUAAGUGUUCUGCUGUUGGAACAAAAUAAUUCCGCACACUGUAGACUAUAUUGAAUAAAUUUAUCAGUAGAUCAGCAAAUGCAUUUUUAUUCCAUCUGAAUGUGUAAAUUUAUGACAUUUCCCAAAUUGAUGAAAGAACAACAGGGAGUAUAUUUAUAUACUCUUGAAACAACUGUACAGCUUGUAUAAUUGUAAAGAGUUAUUCAGCAUAUUAAUUGUGCUAUGCUUCCAUCAUAGGAUUUUAACAAUAAAAUAGAGACUGAAACUUA